GGUCUCCUCCCAAGGGGCGGGGCUUGUGAACGCUCAACACAAGUUUGGGCGAGGCGGCCAUAGAGAGUUCCGGGCCGGGACAGUCGCGGAAAGCAGCGUCAGAGCGUUAUGGAGAGUGGUGGAGGCGCCUACGGAGCCGCUAAAGCGGGCGGCACGUUUGACCCGUGGCAUUUCUUACAGCAGCCACAAGUCAUUGCACGCAUUUUGAGUGCGGUGUUUGCACUCAUUGUUUUCUCCUGCAUCAUCGGGGAAGGUUACACCAAUACUCACCAUUCCGAUGAUCUUUACUGCAUCUUUAAUCAUAGCGAGGAUGCCUGUCGUUAUGGUAUCGCCAUUGGCGUGGUUGCCUUCCUGGCUUGUGUAUUUUUCUUUAUGGUCGACAUCUACUUCCCGCAGAUCAGCAGCGCCACUGAUCGCAAGUACUUUGUUAUGGGUGACUUAGCCUUCUCAGCUGUUUGGACCUUUUUGUGGUUUAUUGGAUUCUGUGUGCUGACAAACCAGUGGGCAUCAACAAAGCCUGAAGAUGUACAAAUUGGGGCUGAUUCUGCCCGUGCAUCAAUUGCCUUCAGUUUCUUCUCCAUUUUUUCAUGGGGAUUCCUGAUUGCCUUUGCGCUUCAGCGUUACCGGAUGGGCGUUCAAGAUUUUGACCACAGUUACAUCGACCCAGCUCCAGGUCCUGCACCCCCAUACUCCAGCUAUCCCAAUGUCAGUCACGAGAGCUACCAGCAGCCACCUUUCACUCGCACUGCAGAGAACUCUGAGGGCUACCAGCCUCCACCUGUGUACUGAUUGCUACUAACACUGUUCAAAGCAGCUGGCAGGGAUAGCCAUCCUAAUGUAAUGGAUUCAUUUAUUGGGGUGGGAACUGUGUCUACUGUGAAAUGUAAGGGUGCCACAACUAAGAUUGCGUGUUGUGCAUGUAUAUGUGUCGGGUUCUGGGAUAUUGUUUUUUUUUCCCCCAACUAUUUCCAAAACUUGCUUCUUGCAGUAAAUGCUGUUUCUUUUGAGGGCACAGAAAGCUUGCUUUCUGGCCUGUGUGUGACUUGCAAGGAAUAUUAAUUGCUGAAGUGG